UAAUAAUCCUAUUUAAUUUUUAUAGAACUAUAUAACUUGUUAGCACAAUCCAACAAGAAUAAUGCCGAUUCGCAAUUAAUUAUUUCAAAAUUAAUAGUGCUGUUCAGGCAGAUUUUAAAAUUGAUUAACACGAACUAGAUUUAUAGUCGCCUGUUUAGGCGACUACAAUGCCUUUUCCAACGCGUAGACCCUCCCGCACUGAUUCAUUAAUUCAAACAUUUUCGCAAAUAACGGUACUGCGGGCAUUUAAUAAUGACGGAUUAUCUGCAACACAGUCAGGUACAUCCAUCGGAACAGUUUCAACCAUAAGUGCAUCUAAAACAGUGGUUCCUGUUGAUUCAGCUGAUGAUUUAGGUAACUCGUGUCGAAUAUGUCGUUGGAACCGCAGUGACAUGGAAAUUGUAAAAUCACCAUGUAAUUGUAAAGGAAGUGUGGGUUACUUGCAUUUACAGUGCUUGAAGCGUUGGAUGUUACAUCGUCGUGAUAAUCAUUGUGAGAUUUGCCAUGAACGUUUCAAUAUACCUUAUGAAAGAGUUAGCGUAUUUGAAAUGAUGCGUGCCUUUUUUUGCAUGCGUUGCUUGGGGUCCAUAACAAGGCAUAUUGUUUGUGGCGCUUCCCUUGUACCUUUAGCUCAUGUUGUGCUGCAACAGAUAUUGAUAUGCUUGGAGAAUAUCAAUGAAAAUCCAACAGAGGGUCUAACUUUAAAAGAAGCAAUUGUUUGCUCAUGUGCAUUAAUGACAUCCAGUGCUCUUUUCUUCCAUUAUUUCGAAUAUAUAACAACACGAUUUAUGAUCGUGAGAGAUAUUUUAAGACACUGGUGGACAUUUGGUGGUACAUCUGAUUUCUCUGUCAUUGAUCCCAAUUUGGAAACAUUUGAUAUAUUCUAACAGAUAUUUUGUAAAUCGAUUUAAAAAAAAGUAAAUUUUUAAUUGCGAAUAUGGUAUA